AAAAAAAUGGGAAAGGACAUGGUUGUACAAAAAUAGUUAAAGCUGCCCUUUUUGUGGUGGCAAAGAAAUGGAAACUAAAGGGACAGCCCUCAAUUUGGGAAUGGCUGAACAAAUUGUGGCAUAAGAUGGUGACAGAAUACUAUUGUGCUCUGACAUUAACAGGAUGAUCUCAGAAAGAGUUGUAAAGACCUACAUUAAUUGAUGCACUGAAAUGAACAGAACCAGGAAAACAUUAUAAACAGUAACAGCAAUAGUGUGGAAUGAUCAAAUUUGAUAGACUUAGCUGCUCUCAGUGAUACAAUGAUUCAGACAGCAUUUUAGAUAGGUAGCCACAAACACAGAAAAGAUGUAGGAUGACAGGGGAUGGAAGAAAUAAGUCAGGGGGUUUUGAGGAUAAGCCUGAAAUAUGUUUCUUUGCAGGCAGUAGGGAAGGAGUCAGCAGACAGAGACUGAGAAUAAGUCAGAGUGUGGGGACAGAUUCCAGUUCCAUUGCCAUGUGGACCAUUUCAACUAUUUCAGGUCCUGAGCUCUGUGGCUCUCAGGCUCAUGAUAAAGUAGAGAACAAGGAAUACAAGAUGAAAGCAUGUGAUAGAUCUAUUGUGAAUUGACUGUAUGUUCAUCAAAUGAGAGAACAAAUGGAGCACUUUCAAAAUCAGAAGAAGCAAAGCAAUAAAGAAGUACUGAAUUUUCUGGUGAUAAACUAAGAAGAAGGAGCAAAUAUGAACACAUGUGAUACUUGAAGAAGAGAAAAUUAUUCUUGUGCAAGGAGCUUGAUAUAUUUUAAUCUUCUCUGAAAAAAAUGAUGCAAAGAAGAGUCCAACAAUUAGAUUUAUUUUCUUGUCAAAUAGACAAAGGUGAAAAUGAAUUAGGGCUUUGUACUCGUAUCUUCUUUGAUCCAGCAGAUGAGGAUGAAAAGGAUCCAGGUGUUUUUAUUACUGAAAUUGCUGAAGGGGGUGCAGCCCACAAACUUGGAUGUAUCCAUUUAUUUGACCAGAUUAUUAAAAUAGGUGAAACCAAUCUAAUUGGAUUAGAUGAAGAAGAAAUCUUCUCUACUUUUAAAAAAAUGGAAAAUUGUGUUUUCCGGAUUGAAAUUGGACGAGAGCCACCUGAAGUCAAGACAGAACUCAUCAUACUCCUUGAAUUGUCAGAGGAAAGGAAGAAAUUUUUUACAGAUUCAGUCAUAGUUCAGGAAAAAGUUGGAGAUAUCAAAAUUGUGAAAGGAAAAGCAAGAAAUUCUAAAACUCCGAAAAUAUCAUGGCUCUGGAUCACCAGAGAACUGGAAUUAAAAAAUGAAGAGAUGGAAUUGAAAAGAAUAAUAGAAGAAGAAGGUCAGAAAUAUAAAAAAAGACCUCAAGGAAAUUGAUGAAAGGGUGAGAGUACAGUUCAUUUAUAUAUAUAUAUAUAUAUAUAUAUGUAUAUAUAUAUAUAUAUAUAUAUAUAUAUAUAUAAACUAUAUCUAUGAUUAAAAACCCAGUGUCUGGCUCACAUAUUUUCCCUCUUCUUUGUGAAUAAAAUCUAAAUCCUGUGACUUCCAAACUGAAACCAGAGAGUUUAACAAUUAAUAUCCAGCAUACCUUGAAAUAAAUCUUAUUAUAUAUACAUAUAUGCAUAUAAGUCUCAUAUACUCACAGCUUAGCAAAGGACCAGACACAUAAAAAGCAUUUAAUAAAGGUCAUUUUUUUCUUUCUAUAUACACAUGACAAGAUGUAUAAAUAUAUACAUACACACAUUUAUAUAUGUGUGUGUGUGUGUAACUUACAUCUAUAUAUACACCUCUAUCAAAGACCAGGAUACUUUUUUAUCAAACCUCUCCUAACAUCAUUCUAACUGCAAAUGGCCUGGUCACUGUAAUUUCCCAGUUCUUAUGGCACUUUCACUAAUUUUGUCUUUGAACAUCUUUACUAGUCCAUGCUACAAAAUUAUAACCUCCCUGGAGACAGAAUCUGUCUUUUCCCUUUCAUAUACAAUACUACACACAGAGAAAGGUUUCAUUUUAUAAUAUUAAGAAUGAAGACCUACAAUGAAGUCCUCCUUCUAAUGUCCAUCCUGGAUGUCUAAACCUCACCAAGUCGGUAACAUCUUAGUGCUCUGGGAAACUCUCUGCAACUAGAGAGCAAUGGAAGUGACACUUUCCUUGAAAAAGUUAAUUCUUCACUGGGAGAUCUUUUCACCUUGAAUUCUAUCCCUAACCUCAUCUACUAUGACUAUUCCUAUCCCCUUUCCCUUUCCUAUUCCCAUUUUGAUCUCUAUACCAAUAUCUAUCCCUAUCCCUAACUUCAUGUUAAUCCUUAAAUCUAUUUUGAUUAUUAUUCCCUGACAACCUAUUCAUGGAAUUUGUGUAUAAGUAUUUUUCAUGUAUAGUAUUAAGGGGUUAAUUGGAGAGCAGAGAGGCCAGAUAAGUGGCUAGCAGGUACAAAUGAGUUAUUUAUAGAAUAGUUAUGAAUGCUGGAGAAAAAAAGGAUUGAAUAAAUUGAAAUUAAUAGAAUUAUUAUGGUUGCACAAAUUUCAGACUAACAACUUGAUAGAGAAACUUAAAAAAUACGUGAACAUAUCUGAAGUGAAUAUUGGAAAUCAGCCUGAGGAGACAGUAAAAGAAGAUAUAACAAUAGGGCAAUUAUUGGCCGCAGAGGAUAUCAGUUUAGGUAAGAGAUUGAUUCUUGAUUAGGCUAAAAGGAAUCAAUUAGUGUCAAGAAAAGAGGCAGCAGAGGUUAUAAUGUAAAUAUGGAAUUUUAGCUGGUAAACAUUCUGUUGGUCUAUUACCACAAAUAUUUUUAAUUUUUAAUUGUAAAAUUUUAAUUUUAAAUUUAAAAAAUUUUAAAAAUUAAAAAAAAUGUAAAUGUUACAUGGAGGAACAAUUUUUGACAACUUUUUUUUUUACUGUUUUAAAAUUCAGAUUUGCUACUUACCCUCCUCCAACUCCCAGACAAGGUGUUAUACAUGUUACAUGUAUGUAUGUUAUACAUACUUCCAUAUUAUUUCUGUCCAUAGAUGAUAGAAGACAUAUCACUCUUACAAUAAAAAUCUCAUGAAGGUUAUAUUAUAGGAGCAGAUGUCAGGUUUUGAUCUGUCCUUAGCUUCUAAUAGUUCUGUCUUUGGCUACAGACACUAUUUUCUUCAUGAAUCCCUUGCAGUUAUCUUGGAGACUUACUUUACUGAUAAUGGUUUUAGUCCUUCACAGUUGAUCAUGGCAAAAUACUUCUGUUACUAUAUACGUUGUUCUUCUGGUUCUGUUCACUUUUUUCUGAACUCACUCUUUCACUGUUUUUUUAUGGUACAAUAGUAUUUCAUUAUAACUAUAUAGAAGAACUUGUUCAUUCUUCUCCCAUGUGAUGAAUAACCCCAUAGUUUCCAAUUCAUUGCCACUAUAAAAAAAGGUGCUAAUAAUAUUUUGGUACAGUUAAUUCCUUUUAUUCUAUCUUUGAUCCAUUUGGGAUACUAAGCCUGUAAUGAGACUACCGGCUCAAAGGGUAUGCAUAGUUGUCUUUGGGUAUGGUUCCCUAUAGCUCUCAAGAAUGGUUGUAUCAGUUCACAGUUCCACCUAUAGCAUAUCAGUGUUUCAAUUUUGCCAUGUCUCCCCCAACAUUUAUCAUUUUCUAUUUAGGUCAGUUUAGCUAAUAUAAAAGUUAAGAAGGCAUUUCUCAGAAUUGUUUUAAUUUAACUUUCUCUCAUCAGUAGUGAUUUGGACCAUUUGUUCUGUAAACCUUAAAAUUCCUUAGACUUAUAAAUGUUGGAAAUUUCACCAUUGGGAAAUUUCAUACUUGAAAAAUUUCCUAUUGAUAGUGGAAACUCUAUUGGAAUGUGAACCCCAUUGGCAUGGGAGGUUCCUCCUCCUCCCUUCUUAAGAUUACUUUAGGACAGAAACCUUUUGCUGAACAAUGGAAAGGGCUUUGACCUAUGCUUAAGCACAGAAGAGGAAUUUCUUUGACUCAUGAUUGAUUUUAGAAUUGAUACAAUAGAGAUAAUUGGAAUGACAGAACCAGGUCUUGGAAAAUACAAUUUCCACCCCACUCAGUCCUAACAGGAUUUAGGAAGGGCUGCAGCAUAGAUCAAAAUUUAAUUAUUCCAAUCUCUACCCUACUCAGGGUAACAGGAUUUAGGAAGGGAUGUAGCAAAGGGUCAAGAUUUAAUUAUUUGAGAAUAUGACCUUCAACAGACAUGUGCAAAGCCACAGACCUCUGGGCGGUCCUGGGUUAAGCUAGAGCCACCAUUGGCACAGGGAAGACAUGGACAGUGAUUGGUAGAUGUGAGAACUGAGGGGAGGGAACUUGGAUGGUUUCCGUAAAAAGAGAGGGGUCUGAGGACUGAGGUGGUGGUUGGUUGGAGAGGUUUUGGCUCUGAGAGGUUGUACUGGCUCUGAAGGAAGCUGCUCUGAAGGAAGCUGGAGGUGGAGGCCCCUGAGACUGUUUCUCCAUUUUGGUCACGUGAGUGAUAAGGACUGAUCUCCUUUCUUUGCCUCAGCUAUCUAAGGGCUUGGGCCUUUUGGCCCAGCCUAAACAGAAGGGGUAUUUAAGCCCUAUUCCCUUCUCUCCCCUUUCUCUCUCCCUCUCUCUCUCUAUCUCUAAUUCCUUUCUUCCUCCUGUUUGUAAUUAAACUCUAUAAAAGGUUGAA